GCUAAAGACCGAGGCCGAGCCCGCGAAGGAUUCUCGAACCCCGAACUUCACCAAGUAUAAAUCAAUCAUUCCACCAUGGGGACAUAGAUUAGGUUACUAUCGCCCAAAAAGACUAUCACCUGUAUGGAUCACAUCGAAUAUGCGUUCACCAACUCCCUAUUUUAAUCAGAACUACACUCGCCAUCUCUAUGCUCGGGGUUAUGGCGCUCCAGGCUUCGGGCGGUUCGCCAAGGUUGCCAUUGUCGGAACUGGUGUCUACUUUGUCUCUAAGAAGUUGUUCCAGUAUGUUCCCUCAUGCACACUAUUGAACAGUAGGGCUAAAUAGAUCAUGCAUGCAGUCAAUGGCAUGUCCGUCCUG